AUGACCAACCAACCUAGUUUCGAAGAUGUCCUAGGAUGCCAGAUGGCCUUGUUUGAAUGGGCGGAAAGCUAUGAUACCAAGGAUUGGAAUCGCCUCGCAAAAUGCGUUGCCCCAACUGUUCGCAUUGACUACCGCGCCUUUCUGAAUAAACUUUGGGAAGCUAUGUCCGCCGACGACUUCGUCAAGAUAGCCUCGGACCCCCACGUCCUCGGAAACCCCAAGGUCAAGACACAACACUUCAUCGGUGCCCAGAAAUGGAUUAAAGUCAGUGACAAUGAGAUGAUUUGUAAGCAUCAGAUGCGUGUCGCCCAUCAAAAGUACAAGGAUGACAAAUUUACGGAGGCUACUCUCAAGGGACACGGCUAUGGUGCUUGCACCACCACCUUCCACAAGAUUGAUGGUAUUUGGAAAUGGGCUGGUCUCACGCCAGAUAUUCGCUGGCACGAGUAUGACCUCGAUAGGAUUUUCCAUGAGGGUGAGGAGAAGUUUGGUGAGAAGGAAUGA